AUGUCGGUGGCCCUUCAUAAUAUGGGACGCCGGCUCGACCACUCCUCAAAUAAUGUCUUGGAGAAUAUCGACAAAGGUCCUGUAAUCUCCUUCUCCUCAACUCUGAUCCCGGAUGUCCGGAUUAUGGUCUUUGACAAGGAAUACCAUCUUCACUCUGCCAUCUUACGGGUGAAGUCUGGUUACUUUCGAGCCUCUUUCGACCGUCAGGAUAUCGGCCCAGGACCCCGGUCAGCCCAGUUUCUGUAUGAGUACAUAUCGGUCUUUGAUAAAGAGGGGAUUGAAUGGUCCCUCCAGCGAGUAAACAGGGAUUUCCCCACGCCCGAAACAUAUACCGGACCAGCUAUCGGAUUCCGCGAGAAAUCCGAAGCGACCGCAUUCUUCAAGCUUCUCUGUGCAAUUUAUACCCGCCCUUACAAGAUCCAAGAUGUCGAGGAAUUGGAGACCAUGACAAAUCAAGCUGAAACCUACAGGGCUUUGCCAGCCCUGUCGAACACACUCACCAUUGGUCUUUUCCGGAGCCCUAUGUUUGUAUCAUGCUUCUUUGAUUUAUGCUGUUGUCGGGCUUUGCUCAUUGCAAAGAAACUGCGCCAUCCGCUAUUAUUCAGAGAGGCAUUCAUACAUGCGGUCGGCAGAUGGCAAGAAUCGAUAGAGGGUCAGGAAGUAUAUGAGGAGUUGGUAAGGGCGGACUCCGAACUUGCAACGCUUCUCGACAGAGCGUGGAUAGGUCUCAGUAAAGACGUCCUGAAGAUCCAGCAAGUACUCAUGUGGAAGAUGAGCAUGGAUUCCGCCUCGUUCAUCGAUCUACCAGAGAUAUUUUCGCAAUCGGAUUUGGAAAGGGGUGACCAGAUGACAGAACGUGCUUUGUUCUACAGAAAAUUGUAUGACUACUUGAGUGACUGUGUCGAUAAGAGCGAUGGCGGCUUUCUCCGCCUUCCUGGGUAUGACUCAGAUUCAGAUUCACUCCGUGUUAUCACGAAUCAAAUCGAAUCCGAUCUCUGUGUUCCUUUGAGAAAAAUACUGGAAAACAAGCUCUAUUUUGAUUUACGCCCUCAAGUAAACUAUUGGCGUCAGCAGCAUUUCCUCUCUAUCGAUAUCAAAGAGGAGGACAUGCCCUGGGACAAGUUGGAGACUGAUUGGUAG